AUGGAGCGGAUCGGCGGCGAGGACGUGCUCCGUGCGGCCAAGCGCGCGGUGGACUUGGCGAUCUUCCCGUCCACCGAGGAUUUGGAGUCAGAGCUGGGCGCAGAUCCGCUUCGGCGGUUGGUGCAGGUUGCCAGGAGGGAAGGGUUUCUGAGAGACGCAGCAGGGGACAAGAAGUGGCAGUUGGGGAGGAGGGGGAAGCACGUCCCAUGGUCCUUCCAGCUGGCCACGCCCAACCAGCAACUUGGGGGUCCCCCUGCAGUGCGAAACCUCGGAAUUCACUCCGUGACGGAGACCGGAUUCAUCUUCUUCAGUUUGGGGAGCGCUGGCGGCGCAACUGGGCAACCAGGUGAGGAGGUCUUUGCUUCCAUGGUGCUGCUGCUUGGCAGCUACCCCUUCCAGCAGCAGUGGAGGGGUGAGGGCAUAGUGAGGCGGGGGAUUUUUGGAUUCCGGCCCCUGAUUCAGAAGAUGAGAUGGGGGUCCCCAGCGCCGCCUUUCAGCCUGGCUUGCGCCAUGCAAAGGUGCCAAGAGCUGGCGCAGCUCCAGCCGGCUUCGGGCGAGCGGGUGGCGUUGACGGACCAAGAGGCGGUGGUGGGCACGCGCGCGGAGGAUACUCGGGACGGGCCGUCCACGGCGUACAUCUUCAUUCCCUACAGGAUGGAGGUCCUCAUUGGGCACCCCCCAGCUCCCGGGGGAACUCGCAGAUGCGAGUGGCGGCGGAGUCGCGGCUCCAGAGGCUGGGAGGGGCCUAGGGCGCUGCUGCCCUUCUCACGGCCGCUGGAGGUGUGUGAGCUGAACGGGCGUGAGGCUCAGAAGGUGACGCUGGUGGUCAUGGGUUCCCAUACGGCGGGGAAGAGUACGGUGAGAAAGAGGCUGGCACAGCGACUCCGCUGGCAGUCGGACGAGGAGCUCGGAACGUCCUUGCGAGGAGAAGAAGAGGAGCAGAACAGGUACCGCGAGACCUGGGAUGAUGAGAUCCACGCGGCGGAAGUGGCCCGGGACAAGGAGCGGAGCAGCUGCCGGGUGGUGGAGACAUGGCACCUGGGGAAUUUUGUGUGGGCGCUCGCCCGGCACCCCGAGCAACAGGCGAAGCUGUUGGCCCGCGCAAAGGAGGCCCUUCGACACGAGCAAGAGACGAGAGUCGUGCUCUUGGUGCUGUUGAAGAUCGACGCUGCGACGAUGGUGAGGCGGAGGGCGAGUUUCCAAACCUCCGCCUUGCGCUUUGAAGAUGAGGAGUCCGACGCCCGGGAGCUCUCGAAAGCCACCGGCGAGAAGCUGGAGACCAUCUUGGGGGAGUUUGAGGGCCCGGUGCUGAAGGUGGACAACAACCAGGACGGAGAGACUGCUCUGAGCGACACCGUGGACGCCAUCGUUGACUUCGUCACCUUCUUUGUGAGCUGUUGA